AUGAUUAGCUUUAUAAGCAAUCAGCUACUCGUUCGUUCAUUAGAUCCAUCAUUAUUCGGUAUCUGGAGCGUUAGAUUAGCACUUGUUCAAGAAACAAUUGUUUUCUGGGCCAGAGAUGGUAUCAGAAAGGCAGCAUCUCGUAGCCAAAAUCCACAUAAAUUUGCUAUUUUGCCUUUUCUGAUUGGUCUCAUUGUUUCGCCUAUUAUUGUUUACAUUUCUCUUAAAUCUGCUCCUGAAGUUGAAGGAUAUACAUUAGCAGUUAUUAUGACUGCGAUGUCUUCAGUUAUGGAGUUAAUUGGAGAAAUGUGGGCUGUUCCUCAACUUGCUGUUAUGGAUGGCUCAACAACUGCAAAGGUGUCCGGUCCUGCUUUCUUAGUUAGAAGUAUUUCAUCAAUUGUUCUCUCAAAACUCUUUUAUAAGCAAGAAGGAGAACCUCUACCAUUAAUGCUUUGUUUCGGCGCAUCAAAUAUCAUAUUCGGUUUACUAGUCAUAUUCGGAUUCUAUUUCCGCUGCGGAAAGCCAAAAAUAGAGUUCCCAACUAGAAAUGAAUACAAUGCAAUUAAACCAUUCGCAUUUCAGACAAUUCUCCAAUGGCUAUUCUCACAAGGCGAGCGUAUCGUACUAAUUGCUUCGAAUACACCAGAACAAAUCGGAGUUUACGGAUUUGUUUCUGAUAUCAGCAGCCUGAUUGCUCGAUUAGUCUUCGCUCCUAUUGAAGCUGCUGUUUUCUCUAUGUGCGCAAGCUCAGCUCCUUUACAAUUCGAUAUGUAUUCUCUUAUUGUCAGAAUCGUUGUUUACAUUGGCCUAUGCGCUGCUGCAUUUGGUCCACUAUUAGCGCCUGUUGUACUUCAAACUGUUUACAGCAAGAGCUGGAGUGGAGAUGAUUCAAAAUCAGCCAUGUCCUGGUUUUUACGCAUUAUGCCAUUCAUGGCCUUUAAUGGUGUUACGGAAGCAUUCUCUAAUGCACGUCUUAGUGAAAAAUCAUUGAUGUAUUACAACAUUUUAUUGGCCAUUGUAUCAAGUAUCUAUUUCGGCUUGAUUUUCUACUUCUCUAAGAUAUUUGGAACACAAGGAGCUAUUAUGGCCAAUGGAGUUAACAUGAUUCUUCGAUCAAUCAUGGCUAUUACAGUUAUUUCACGCGAAUUCAAGAAUUUCUUUUCUCUUUUCCCGAAUAUCAUACAGCUGAUAGCAUUUGGAUCACUCAUUUACUUCCAGAACUCAAUAAGAAUACUUUAUGUCCUUAUUUUUGCUCCAUUUUAUGGAUUAAUGAUUCUCUUCUUCGAGAGACACUCAAUUAAGAAGCUCUGGAAUUCGUUAAAAAGCAAAAAGCGAGACUGA